CAAUCCUCGCUUUUUGCGUCCUUCGUCACCUUCUUUCCCUCGCUCUCCAUUGCGUGUUCUUAUUAUCAGCCUACGUUUCAUCCUCUCUGUCACGCCGUUUUCUUUCGAUCUCGAUCACUUCUGCGGAAGAAAGAAGAAGAAGAAGCCCUCGAACACUAGGAGGAGGCAUCGAUGGAGGAAGGCGCCAGUUCCGAGGCGGCAGCGGCGGCGGUCGUGGCGGAGACGGUGGAGGCGGCGGAAGCGGCGGCGUUAUCGGAGGAGGCGAGGGGGGAGAACGAGGAUGAGGCCUUGCUCACCCAGGCGCAGAAGCUGAUCUCCAAGAUCGUCGCCUCCCAAGCGAAUCCUAACCCUAGGCUGCUCCACACCCUCGCCACCAUGCUUGAGGCCCAAGAAUCUAGAUAUGUGCAAGAGUCUGGGAGUUCAUCUUUUAACAAUGCUCGGGCAUCUCAUAGUAUCGGAAGGCUGUGUAACUUAGUGCGGGAAAAUGAUGAAUUUUAUGAGGCUAUAUCAUCAAAGUUUUUGUCAGAAAGUACAUACUCUGUCACCAUUCAUUCAGCUGCUGCGAGAAUACUUCUCAGCUGCUCUUUAGCUUGGAUGUAUCCUCAUGUUUUUGAUGAUGCUGUCCUGGACAAUAUUAAAACUUGGGUGAUGGAGGAUCCUGUAAUUUCUGGUGAUGAGUACAAUUGGAGUCAAGAAUUGGGGAGUAACAAGCCUACAGAUUCUGAAAUGCGGAGGACUUAUGCUACUGGGCUUCUUGCUAUAUCACUGACCGGGGGUGCUCAAGUGGUAGAAGAUAUCUUAACAUCAGGUUUGUCAGCAAAACUUAUGCAUUAUUUGCGCAUCAGAGUCCUUGGAGAGGCCAGUUCUAGUCAAAGGGAUGCUAGUUUUCCAACAGAGGCUAGGCCUACAAAAAGUAGAGAAGAAAACAGAGGCAGAUCACGACAGGUUAUCGAUACGUCUCAUUUAGAUAGUCCAAGGAUUGCAGAUGAAGCUUUUCUGGGUGAUGCAAGUGCUGAUAGAAAUAUUGCUAUCAGGCAAGUGCAUGGAGAAGUGUGUUGGGCAGAUGAUGGUGAGUCAUUGAAAUCUGAACUCACUGAUUCUUCAUCAGAAGUUGUUGGUACAUGUGACAUGGUUGAAGAAGACGCCAAUCUUUCAUGUGAUGGAUGUCAGAAGAGAAGUUUGCUUGAUGGGAAGUCAAAAUAUGGUGAUAGACAUGUUGCAGACAGGUCUUCAAGAGAUGAAGAUGCCGAUGAAAAUGUGAGGGAUGACUCAUCAAGGCGAAGGUUCAACAUGGAAUGGUCAAGGACCAGAGGGAAAGGAAUGUCUAAUGAAGGUUCCUUAGAAAAUAAAUUGAUUAUUCCAUCUCCUAGUUCUCGAUUACAAUCAGGUGGAAUUGUUUGGGGUUCCUGUGAUAGGAAUAUACCAAAAAAUGAAGAGAUCAAAAAAGUGGUUGAUAUGAAAGAGAAUGCAAGAGGGAUUGAUGGUGAUGCUUUUGUUGUGGGAGAGGAUAAUGAUGAUAGAUUUAGAGAGUGCAAUGUUGGCUCAAGGGAUAUAUCUGAAAUGGUAAAGAAAGCAACAAGAGCUGCGGAAGCAGAAGCUAGAGCAGCUAAUGCACCUGCUGAGGCAAUCAAAGCUGCAGGUGAUGCAGCAGCUGAACUUGUCCAGACUGCUGCAUUGGAGGUUUGGAAAAAUACUAGUGACGAAGAAGCUGCAGUUUUCGCUGCUUCUGAAGCUGCAUCUACUGUUGUGGAUGCUGCAAUAGCAACUGAGGUCUCGCGGAGUUGUGGCAAGGUUGAUGAGGAUUUGAUGGAUGCAAAAGCUGUAGUACCCAAAGAGGAUGAGGAACUGGAAGAUUUCAUUAUUUUGGAUGGUGAAUCUCUUGCACAGCUUAGAGAAAAAUACUGCAUUCAGUGUCUUGAAAUUUUGGGAGAAUAUGUUGAGGCUUUGGGACCCAUUCUGCAUGAGAAGGGUGUUGAUGUCUGCCUUGCCUUGUUGCAACGCAAUUUUAAAGAAGAGGCACCUGAUCAUUUAGCAUUGUUGCCUGAAGUUCUGAAACUAAUUUGUGCCCUAGCUGCUCAUCGGAAAUUUGCUGCAUUAUUUGUGGAUCGUGGUGGCAUACAAAAACUUCUCUCUGUUCGUAGAGUCUCACAGAACUUCUUUGGUCUUUCAUCUUGCUUAUUUACCAUUGGUACUCUUCAGGGUGUUAUGGAACGUGUUUGUGCUCUUCCAUCCAACGUGGUGAAUCAGGUGGUUGAUUUAGCACUUCAACUUCUAGAGUGCUCUGUAGAUCAAGCUAGAAAAAAUGCAGCUAUUUUUUUCGCUUCUGCAUUUGUCUUCAGAGCAGUCUUGGAUUCCUUUGACACACAAGAGGGUCUACAGAAAAUGUUAAAUCUGUUACAUGGUGCUGCAUCCAUUAGAUCGGGUGGGAACUCUGGAACAUUAGGUAUGCCAAAUGUAAAUAUCCGAAAUGGUCGAUCACCUGCAGAAGUCCUCACAACAUCAGAAAAGCAGAUUGCUUAUCAUACUUGUGUUGCAUUACGUCAGUAUUUCAGAGCCCAUCUUCUCUUGCUUGUGGAUUCUCUUCGUCCAAAUAAAAGUAGUCGUGGUGUAGCCCGGAGUAAUCCAAGUGCAAGGGCUGCAUAUAAACCACUGGACAUCAGCAAUGAGGCUAUGGAUUCAGUGUUUCUCCAGAUACAGCGUGACAGGAAGCUCGGGCCUGCAUUUGUGAGAGCUCGUUGGCCUGUGGUGGAUAAGUUCUUAGCCUCCAAUGGGCAUAUAACCAUGUUGGAAUUGUGUCAGGCACCACCUGUUGAACGGUAUCUGCAUGAUUUGGCACAAUAUGCAUUGGGUGUUCUUCAUGUUGUCACAUUUGUACCCUACAGCCGGAAACUAAUUGUUAAUGCUACUUUGAGCAAUGCCCGUGUAGGCAUGGCAGUCAUCUUGGAUGCUGCCAAUGGUGCUGGCUAUGUAGAUCCUGAGGUGAUCCAGCCAGCAUUAAAUGUCUUGGUAAAUCUGGUAUGCCCUCCUCCUUCGAUUAGUAAUAAACUCCCUGUUCCUGCACAAGGUCAACAGUCUGCUUCAGCUCAAACAUUAAAUGGUCCCUCAGAGAAUAGGGAGAGGCAUUCUGAGAGAUAUGUCUCAGAUCGUAGUGUCCCAUCAGCUGUUCAGAACGAGUCUCGGGAGUGCAAUGGGGAAUCAAACUUGGCCGAAAGAAGUGCAGCACCACUAAGUACACCAUUUCAAGGUAAUAAUUCACAAACACCUGUCUCGUCAGGUGUAGUUGGAGACCGGAGAAUAUCUUUAGGGCCUGGUGCUGGUUGUGCCGGUCUUGCUGCUCAACUGGAACAAGGAUAUCAUCAGGCAAGGGAAGCUGUCAGGGCAAACAAUGGUAUAAAGGUUCUUUUGCAUCUUCUUCACCCUCGGAUGAUCACACCUCCUGCUUCUCUUGACUGCAUUAGGGCUCUGGCAUGCCGUGUCUUGCUUGGCCUAGCUAGAGAUGAAACAAUUGCACAUAUACUGACAAAGCUGCAGGUGGGGAAGAAGCUGUCAGAGCUUAUUCGAGAUUCUGGCAGUCAGGCAUCUGGAACCGGGCAGGGCAGGUGGCAGACUGAGCUGGCCCAAGUGGCCAUCGAGUUGAUUGCCAUCGUAACAAAUUCUGGGCGGGCAAGCUCCUUGGCAGCCACUGAUGCUGCUGCUCCUACACUGAGGCGCAUUGAAAGAGCUGCAAUAGCUGCAGCUACUCCUAUUACUUAUCAUUCCAGGGAGCUGUUACUGUUGAUUCAUGAACAUCUCCAGGCAUCUGGGUUAACAGCUACUGCUGCUUUGCUACAGAAGGAGGCUGACUUGACACCUCUGCCAUCAUUGGGAGUGUUGACACCUCCACUUCACCAAACUUCGGUCCAAGAAACUUCAAAUGUACAACUUCAGUGGCCAUCUGGCCGUGCACUCUGUGGCUUUCUCUCAGAGAUAGUAAAGAUGGCCCCACGAGAAGAGGAUUCUGGUCUAAAGUCUGAUUCAGCUAUGCCUUUGUUGAAGAAGAAAUCGCUGGUAUUCUCCUCCAGUUUCUCACAGGGAAAAAGUCAGCCUCCAUCACAUUCAUCCGUCAUUAAUAAAACAUCCAGUGCCUUAAAAAGUCCAUCUACACCUAAUGGGAGAGCUGAAGCUCCAUCUGUGUCUGUUCUGAAGUCCAGUACAGAUGCGGAACCCGCAUUUAAAACNCCAAUUUUGUUACCGAUGAAACGAAAAUUAAUGGAAUUGAAGGAAUUGUUUUCCUCGUCACCAGCAAAGCGGCUUGCAACAACAGAGAUUGCACUUCAGUCUCCAGUUAGUCAGACACCAAAUUCUGGUCGUAGAAUUUGUCUGCCAACAAAUAUGGCAGGUCUAUCUCCUGUCGCAAGUUGUACUCCUCGAGUUCCUUUUAGUCGGACAACAUUGAGCAGUGGCCUUGGGGACAUUUCAGAUGAUUUUCAGUACCAGAGCACUUCUGGGGCACCAACAACACCAAUGUCCUAUCUUGGUCUGCCAGCUGACUCUCAAUCUGGAAAUGUUGAACGGAUGACGCUUGACUCUUUGGUUGUGCAAUACUUGAAGCACCAGCAUCGGCAGUGUCCUGCUCCAAUAACCACGCUGCCACCACUCUCUCUCUUGCACCCACAUGUGUGUCCAGAACCUAGCCGAGACCUGAAUGCGCCUGCAAAUGUGACAGCGAGGGUAAGCACCUGUGAAUUUAGGAAACAUUAUGGUGGGAUCCAUGCCAGCCGUAGAGACCGUCAAUUUAUCUACAGCAGGUUCAGGCCAUGUCGGACAUGCAGAGAUGAUACUGCCCUAUUAACAUGCAUCACUUUUCUGGGAGAUUCUUCUCGUAUUGCAAUUGGGUGCCACUCUAGUGAGCUAAAGAUAUUUGAUGCAAUUAAUGGAAAUGUAUUGGAUAGUCAGGCAUGCCACCAAACUCCUGUUACUCUUGUUCAAUCAGCCUUAUCUGGUGGAAGUCAGCUGGUCCUUUCUUCAGGCUUAUAUGACGUAAGGUUAUGGGAUGCCACCAACAUCUCUGGUGGGGCAUUGCAUUCAUUUGAAGGAUGCAAGGCUGCACGUUUUAGUAACUCAGGGACCAUUUUUGCAGCCCUUUCAUCAGACACGUCUCGUCGUGAGGUUCUUCUAUAUGAUGUGCAGACCUGCAAUAUGGAGCUGAGUCUCCCUGAUAGCUCAAAUAGCCAUACUGCCCCUGUACGAGGGCAUGCACAGUCUCUUAUACAUUUCAGUCCUUCGGAUACAAUGUUAUUAUGGAACGGAGUCUUGUGGGAUAGGCGGAGUGCAGUUGCUGUUCAUCGAUUUGACCAGUUCACAGACUAUGGUGGAGGUGGAUUUCAUCCUGCUGGGAAUGAGGCUAUUAUAAAUUCAGAGGUGUGGGAUCUCCGGAAGUUCAAGCUUCUGAGAAGUGUGCCCUCUCUGGACCAAACGGUGAUUACAUUCAAUGGAGGUGGUGAUGUCAUAUAUGCAAUUCUCAGGCGAAAUCCAGAGGACAUCAUGUCAGCUGUUCUCACGCGCCGUGUACGUCACCCUCUGUUUUCUGCUUUCCGCACCAUCGAUGCUGUGAGCUACUCUGAUAUUGCUACAGUCCAAGUAGACCGCUGCGUCCUUGACUUUGCUACCGAUCCCACUGAUUCUUUUGUUGGAGUGCUUACCAUGGAUGACCAUGACGAGAUGCACUCCUCUGCACGGCUGUUUGAGGUUGGGAGGAAACGACCCACCGAUGAUGACUCUGACCCCGAUGAUGGGGUUGACACAGAGGAGGAGGAUAAUGAUGAAUCAGAGGCAGAUGUGGAACCGAUCCUUGGAGCUGAUUUGGAUGAUGAUGGUGGCACAGACUCAGAUGACAUGAGUAAUGAUGAGGAUGAUAUUGACAGUGGGUAUGAGCUCGAUGAGGAUAGGGAUUUUAAUUUUGAUGAUGUUGAUGAUUUGGACUUGGAAGGGGGGCAUGGUUUGCUGGAAAUCAUGGCUGAGGGUGAUGAGGGAGAUGAAGAUGACAGCGAGGUGCUGGAAUCUCUCAGCAGUGGAGAAGAGGAUUUUGCUGCCAAUGCUUUUGGGUUCUAAUUGUUUCAGCGCCAGGCUUGUGAAAUUGAAUUUUGAAUCCUACAUGUAAUUAUUAAUUUCCUGAUUUUUAAGGGAGUAGGGAGUGGUAAAAAAUCAUCGAGGCAACGUGGGCAUGUAAGUAGAGGGGGUUCAGGAAUGGUGGAGAAAAGAGGUGGAGUGAACGUUUUUUUUUCCAUCUGUUUGGCCGGUGGCAAAGAAUAAGUUCCCAUCGUGCAAUUCUUUGUAUCUGUGGCUUAAUAUUAUAUCAAUGUUAUUUUCUUGCUCCUUUAUUUAA